AACGGUUCGAAACGGAAAUCGAAACAAAAAAACGUACGCGCUAACCGCAGUCCGUGUCGCGUUUCGGUGUUGUGAUAACGUGUUUGUGUCUGUCGACGGGCGCAAGACGAAUGAAAUAUCAUUAUUGAGAAUAAAAACGGAAACUGACCCGACAAUCCCUAAUUGUUAAAAACACGAUAGAAGAAAAGAGACGCAGACCGGCUGAAACCAUUUUGUUCGAGUGACGGCGUUUCGCGUCGCGACGAAGUAGCAGUGUUGAUGCUGCCGACGCCGGAACGAGAUGACGUGUUUACACCUACCUCCUGCUCUGUAUCUGGGUAUACGCCAUAUGCGUCUUGCCGUGCUUUUGCCUACACCGUGUUCGGUUUGUAUAGAAAUUUACUUGACGAAAAGUUGUCUCUCCGUAAUUGGGCUUUUGGGCGAUAAAACUCGGAGUAUUUGACUAGUGCUGGAACCGUUGAUGAACUUAGCCUGCUGCUGUCGGCCUUCAAUAAUGGGAAAACUAUUGAGCCUGUUAGCUCGAGACGAGAAUAGUUGCUGCUCUGCUCAACAGAAAUACGACAUUUUUUUGGAUUUCGAAAAUGCCCAACCUACCGAAAGUGAAAUGCAACUAUUUGACGAGGUCCAAAUCGUGCUUACCGAGGCAUCUGACGUGCUUUCCGACCUCAAACAUUACUCGGGUGCUGACCAAUACAUACGAGCAGCGAUUAAUAAUCCAAGUGCCGAACAAAAUGCAUUGACAUGGGAAGCGUUGAUGCCUCGAAUCCGCACUUUGAGACGAUUCUAUUUUUUCUCACAAAAAAUAGCUUUCGUUGUACCUCAAAUUCUAACUGAAAUAUGUUCAGAUGAUAUAACCCCAUCUUUACACCUAGAAAAUCAACAAGCUCUAGUUAAACAAUUUUCCGAGAUCAUUGAGUUUGUGUUGAAGUUCGAUGAAUACAAGAUGCGAACUCCAGCAAUUCAAAACGACUUUAGCUAUUACAGACGAGUGUUGAUGCGUGAAGGCGCAUCAGUGCAUUCGUUCACGGACCAAGAUGAAGAUUCUAACAGCAACUUGAACGUCGCCAACAAAGUGUCCUUGUUCUACGCAGAAGCAACGCCAAUGUUGAGAACACUGUCAAACGUUACUUCACAAUUUUUGAACAAAGAUAAACGGCUCGUUGACUAUGCCAUUGAUAUGUUGAGUACCAUGGUAAAAGUGUGUAUACGCAUGUUGGAAACACCUACGGUUCAGUUCAGAAAACAGGAAACCCACCUUUUCAUGCUUCGCGUAUUAGUCGGCCUCAUCAUACUAUAUGACCACGUGCACCCAAACGGAGCGUUCGUCAAGACUUCCAAUAUAGACAUUAAAGGUUGCGUAAGGCUGCUCAAAGACCAGCCGGAGGAAUUUCAGACUGAAAACCUGUUGAACGCACUGAGGUACACUACAGCUCAUCUGAACGACCCUUCUACAUCGAAAACAGUCAAAACCCUGCUCAUGGAGGCGUAAUUUUUUUUUUUACAAUACUGCUCAACCGAAGAUCUGAUUUUUAUAAAAUCUUAUAAUUGUAUUAAGUAUUAUAUAAUUUAUUUUUUUAACAUCUAAUAUUAUUUUAUAAGUUAACGGAUACAUCAUAUUGUAUAAUAUUGUGUUUUAAGAUAUAUUUUUUACUAUCCUGUUUUCACAAUUAAGUGUAUUAGUAAAUCAGUACUUUUAUAUUAAGACCCCGCA